AUGGCACCUCAUGCCACCGUAUAUGUGGUGGUGCCAGAGGGACCCAAGGGUCUGGGAACGCCCAAGUAUUUCAGAGGCCAAGGCGGAAUAAGUGAGAGCCGGUUGUCUGCACCUGGGGAGGAAGAAACACUGGCAGAAUGGCAACGCCUCCGCGACAUCAGACCUCAUCAGAAUGAACAAAGCAUCGCCUUCGAGGACCUCUUUGACGUACUGACGGUAGGAUUCCCCGACGACGAGCACAGCUGGCGAAGGUCGGCGUGGUCGCGCAUAGAUCCUCGUGGGCGUUCACCGGCGCGGCGCGUCUGGAUAUACGAACUUGCAACGUCCCCAAACAUGCUGGUCCAAGCCCCCCCAGACGGCCGUAGCAAUGAGAUUGCAUUUACGCAGACUCUCGGGGGCACGGUCUGGUCACAGGUGUCGCGGUUCACUGAAAUAAGCCUAUCUCACCCGACAAUCAGGGACGGGGCAGCGAGGCUCACUGGCCAAGAUGCGUGGUAUCCGGACUGGAUGAACUCGGUGGAGGUGUCGUGGAUGCUGAACCCUGACUAUGACAGCAGAUGGGAGGCAUAUGGUGCUACCCAAGGAAUCCCUUCCGGCGUCUUCAAUCAGGCCCCCGAAGGCAUGACGCGUGUUGAGCUGGCGACGGACAUCAUGGCGCUCGUGACAAGCAGCCGGCUGCUUCCUGAUCUGCGGAGGCGCCAGACACUGCGAGAGUUGCUCGACUGGGAUACCGAUAGAGAGCCCGAGCGGAACUUCCCUCUUCUUCGUCAUGCGCAACCUCUCAGGCUCGAAGCCGCAGCACUGCCGCUGAUCGACUGGUCUCUGGUCCAGAUCCCGCCCGAAGUCCAGCUGGCGUUGGCAUCGGGGCUCGCAACGGCCGCCCAGUGCGCCGCGGCGUUGCAGCCAUUCAGGAACUUCUUCCUGAGGGGACCAAAGGGACCAAAGGGCAGGAGGGAGGUGCAGGCAGAUGCUUGCGACGAAAUAGCCGGCCUGAUCAAAAGCAACUCCAACGUGCCUCCAGGAUGCCGCAAAAUCAAGAAGGUCGAGCUCGAAAUAGCCUUGUCCGACGACUUUUGGGCCGGGACCUUCGACAUAGUUGGCGGUACUCUCAGCGGCACGGCUGGCAAGGCGGAAUUCGUCUUUGGAGACGCCCCGGACCGAGGGACAGAAAAGAAGAUUGCUGUGGACAUGCAAACGGCCUUCGGGUCGGAGGAGAUCGAUAUUGGCGGUAUUGACAAGAUUGACAUCACGGUCGAGGGAGACUUCUGGCGAUGGACCCCCCUUCGGAAUGACCAGUUCAAGAUCAAGGACAUUACCCUCCGCGCGCAGUGCGCUGAUCCUGCCUUCCAGGCUCAGAAUAACAAGUAUCUCGGUCUUAAUAGUUUGUACCGCCAUCCCGGCGGUUGGUCCUUUAGCCGUUUGAAAAAGAAGACUGUCGGAACGUUGCAUAUAAGCACUGCAGAUUGGUCAUUUGUCCCUCCUUGCAGCAUCAUCAAGAGCCUGAGCUAUGACUUCCGGAUAGCAAAUGUUUGGGGUGGGGGGACCAACGACGACAUCUACUUGACUCUUGGUUCAGGCAAGCAGAUAUUCCUUGCCAGCGAUCCAGGUGCGGGCUUCCACAAGAAUGGCGAGAUUAACCUGAAAGAUACCUUUGGCAACGACACCAUAAACAUUCGUGACUUUGGCAGAGUCGCCCUGGAGGACAAGGAGGGCGAAGCGUGGUUCAGUGGCGACAAGUGGACGUUUGAAGGCAUUACAUUCUCCGCAACUUGCGCAGAUUUCCCGAAACGAAUGCAGCUAAAGAAGUUUGAAUCGGUCAAUCAGGGGGUCCAGUAUCGUCAAGAGGGCGUGCCGACUUGGACUGGCGACAUUAGCCCGGAGGACUGGCAGGAGCUGGCUUGA